CGCGGCUCGGGCUCCUUGCAGAUUUCUAACUAGCAUAAUGCUGGAACAGGAGGCUGGCAGUCUGCAGUUUUCAAGAUGGCAGAGCUGGAUGCUGACUUGGAUCACAUCAUUCCAUCAUCUGUCCUUCCCUCUUUCUGGGCUAAGUUAGUAGUGGGAUUUGUUUCCCUCGUGUGUUUUGCAAGGAGCUAUGAUGGAGAUUUUGUCUUUGAUGACUCUGAAGCCAUUGUUAACAAUAAGGACCUCCGACCAGACACGCCCCUGGGGGACCUGUGGCAUCAUGACUUCUGGGGCAGUAGAUUGAGCAGCAACACCAGCCACAAAUCCUACCGGCCACUUACUGUCCUGACUUUCAGGAUCAACUACUAUUUGUCAGGAGGCUUCCACCCCGUGGGUUUCCAUGUGGUCAACAUCCUCUUGCAUGGUGGCAUCUCUGUCCUCAUGGUGGACGUCUUCUCGGUCCUGUUUGGUGGCCUGCAGUACACCAGUAAAGGCCGGAGGGUGCACCUGGCCCCUAGAGCUUCCCUGCUGGCGGCCCUACUGUUUGCUGUCCAUCCAGUGCACACUGAAUGUGUUGCUGGUGUUGUCGGCCGUGCAGACCUCCUGUGUGCCCUGUUCUUUUUGUUAUCUUUCCUUGGCUACUGUAAAGCAUUUCAAGAAAGUAACAAGGAGGGAACACAUUCUUCCACCUUCUGGGUGUUGCUGAGUAUCUUGCUGGGAGCAGUGGCCAUGCUGUGCAAAGAGCAAGGGAUCACUGUGCUGGGUUUGAAUGCAGUCUUUGAUAUCUUGGUGAUAGGCAAAUUCAGUGUUCUGGAAGUCAUCCAGAAGGUAUUACGUAAGGACAAGUCAUUAGAGAGUAUUGGUGUGCUCAGGAAUGGGGGCCUCAUCUUCCGAAUGACCCUGCUCACCUCCGGAGGGGCCAGCAUGCUCUAUGUGCGCUGGAAAAUCAUGGGUACAGGCCCACCACCAUUUACUGAGGUGGACAACCCAGCUUCCUUUGCUGAUAGCAUGUUGGUUAGGGCCAUAAACUAUAAUUACUACUAUUCAUUGAAUGCCUGGCUGCUGCUGUGUCCCUGGUGGCUGUGUUUUGAUUGGUCAAUGGGCUGCAUCCCCCUCAUUAAGUCAGUUGGUGACUGGAGGGUAAUUGCUCUAGCAGCACUUUGGCUCUGCAUAAUUGGCCUAAUAUGCCAAGCCCUGUGCUCUGCCGACAGCCGGAAGAGAAGAAUCCUUACUCUGGGUCUGGGAUUUCUCGUGAUCCCAUUUCUUCCUGCAAGCAACCUGUUUUUCCGAGUGGGCUUCGUGGUUGCAGAACGUGUCCUCUACCUCCCCAGCGCUGGGUACUGCAUGCUGCUGACCUUCGGCUUUGGAGCCCUAAGCAAGCACACUAAGAAAAAGAAACCAAUUGCUGCUGUGGUCCUGGGCAUUUUAUUCAUCAAUGCACUGAGAUGCAUGAUUCGCAGUGGCGAGUGGCGGAGCGAAGACCAGCUCUUUCGAAGUGCCCUCUCUGUGUGUCCCCUCAAUGCUAAGGUUCACUACAACAUUGGCAAAAACCUGGCUGAUCAAGGCAACCAAACAGCGGCCAUCAGAUAUUACCGGGAAGCAGUCAGACUAAAUCCCAAGUAUGUUCAUGCCAUGAAUAAUCUUGGAAACAUCCUAAAAGAGAGGAAUGAGCUGCAGGAAGCUGAAGAGCUGCUGUCAUUGGCUGUCCAAAUACAGCCAGACUUUGCAGCUGCAUGGAUGAAUUUGGGCAUAGUACAGAAUAGCUUGAAACGGUUCGAGGCAGCGGAACAAAGUUACCGGACAGCAAUUAAACACAGGAGGAAAUACCCAGACUGCUACUACAAUCUUGGGCGGCUGUAUGCGGAUCUAAAUCGCCAUGUGGAUGCACUGAACGCAUGGAGAAAUGCCACCGUGCUGAAGCCAGAACACAGCCUGGCUUGGAACAACAUGAUCAUCCUCCUGGACAACACAGGUAAUUUAGCCCAGGCUGAAGCAGUCGGAAGAGAGGCCCUGGAAUUAAUUCCUAAUGAUCACUCUCUUAUGUUCUCAUUGGCAAAUGUUUUGGGGAAAUCUCAGAAGUACAAGGAAUCUGAAGCUUUAUUCCUCAAGGCAAUUAAAGCAAAUCCAAAUGUUGCAAGCUACCAUGGGAAUUUGGCUGUGCUUUAUCAUCGCUGGGGACAUCUCAACUUGGCCAAGAAACACUAUGAGAUCUCCUUGCAGCUUGACCCUGCAGCCACAGGCACCAAGGAGAAUUACAGUCUUCUAAGGAGAAAGCUGGAACAAAUGCAGAAGAAAGGUGUCUGAUCUUUGCCCUCAUGCUUUGAGUUUGUACGAGUGUGCAUGAGGCAUACCAUUCAGAUUGUGUGCUUGUGUUUAGCCGUUUAAAGUUCUCAGAUGUUUUGUUUAUUCUGUUACUUUUUUGUCCUAUGAAAACAAAGACAUGCAAAAAAGAUUAUAGCACCAGCAGAACAUUCUUGAAUGCUUGAUAGGGCUUUUGCAUUGAAAUUGUAUUUUUUCAGAUAACUCAAACGUAAUUCUAAAAUCUCAAAAAUGAAGCUUUUUUUUUUUAACUGAAAAGAAAAACAGAAAAAUUUAUCUUGAGCAACUUUUGUUUGCAUUAAGCCUGCAUUUGAGAUGUGGACAGUCAUGAUUUAUGGACUGUCGUGAUUAAACCUCACUUGUGACCGAGACAUGGCAGACUCCUACAACUUACAUAAAUAUCAAAAGUGUUUGUAUAUUAGCAUUUUUAUUUAAUGAGAAGAAAGACUAAGAUUUUGUUUUUUAAGUGUCUUUUUGCAAUAGUAUACCUUGGAUUUUGUUUAUAAGGAAAUAUUUAUUCACAUUUUUAUGUGUUGAACAGGGUAGAUAAUUGAAUGAAGAAUGGAAAAUUUUAGCAUAUGGUAUGGUAUAUCUAUAUACAUUUUCCUCCAUAGGAAGAAAUUGACGCCUGCAUUAUUUUUUCAUGUCUCCAACUCAUGCAAUUUUAGUACACAGGAGAUUAUACAAGAUUCUACAGAAACUGUUUCUGUUGGUAGAAUAUUCCAGCCAGGCCUUCAGUCAAGAGCAGGCAGUCUGACAUUAUGGUUUCUGUUUAUCCAAUGUGCAGAGGGCUAUAUACCUGUGUCGUUGUAUUUUCAUGUUACUAACUGUGAAGCAGUUUUCCAUUUCAUUUAAUGGAACUACAGACAUUAUCCAUAAAAUGCAAGAGGUACAUUUUCUUUCAAAAGGAGUCAUAUUAGCCAGGCGUGGUCUUUAAAUCCAGCACUUGAGAGGCAGAGGCAGGCGGAUCUCUGUGAGUUCAAGGCUAGCCUGGUCUACAUAGUGAGUUCCAGGCCAGCUGGGGUUACAGGGAGACCCUGUCUCAAAAAGACCAAAACAAACAAAAAAGAGUCUAUUUCUGAACUGUGUGGUAUUCUUAAAGAAUUGGAUUAUUUUUUCUACUUAUUUGAUCAGAACAAUUAUGUUUACUUGGUUUCUUCUUUGUACUGUUGACUUAAUUAUUUAUGCAAUCUCUGUAAUUUCUUAUGUGGUAAAAUUAUCACACAAACUGGCAUGAAAAUAUUUUAUUGCAUUCUAAAUAGUCGAUGUUCAAGUUAGUGAAUUUUUUUGUUCUCCUUUUCCUUAAAAUGCAUUCAGUUCUUUUCUGAUAUGUGACUUCUAUUGUUUUAGGGCCCUCUAUUGGGUGCUUUUCCCAUUACUUUGGCAAAAUACCUGACAAAAAACAAUGUAUGGGUGGAAGGGUUUCUUUUGGUUCACAGCUUGAACACAGUUUGGUUCACAUUGUGGCAGGAAAGCCAUGGUGGAGGAGUACAAGGUAGUUUGCAUCCACAGUCAGGAGGCAGAGGGUGAAGAAUGAUGGUGUUCCACUCACUUUCUCCUUUUUAUUCACUCCAGGACCCCUGCCUGAGGAUGGUGCCAUCCAUAUUUAGUGUAGGUCUUUCCACCUCCGAUAAACCUCUCUAGAAACACCCUCAGAUAGACCAGAAGUUCUGUCUCUUAGGUGAUUCUAAAUCCAGUUUACAAUCAAAUUUAACCAUCACAGGACUGUUUUAUAGAAUUGUAUCAUAAAGUUGUCCAAGUUCAUGGAAAGGAGUACAUAGAUCCAUGUUAAGAUAGACUUGAUAGCUGCCAGGCGUGGUGGCACACAUCUUUUAGACCCUUAGCCCCAGCUUGCCUGGACCUUCCUAUGUAGAUCAGGCUGACCUACAGUUCACAGAGAUCUGCCUGUCUCUGCCUCC